UCCCUCUCGGCGGAGAAAGCGGAGGCUGCAAAAGCAGCCCGGGCAGCACAUUCUCUCGGGGCAGGACUUCCUAUCUUAAAGUCUAAGUUAAGACCUAGGAUGGAGAAGGAGGAAGAAAUACAGACUCCAGAUUCCCAAAGCGCUGGAGAAGGGACAGUGAGAAAUGAUACCAGCUCAGAAAUGACUGUUGCUGGUGACAAAGUGGCUUCUGCCGCCAUCACUGUUGCCACAGCUGCUGUGGCUGCGGUUAAGACUGUUGUUGGGAUCCAGUCGCAAAUUUUCAGCCGUUUGGCCACCCGCCGGACUUUUCUGCCCCGCGACCGCCGUGACCUCCUGGAGCUUGAGCAGAUGGUGGAAAACGCAGCUGCUGUGCGCCUCCGAGCAGUGGUGGAGUCCAGCAUUGACUCUUUGCGUGCUAUGAUGUGUUCUUGCCUCUUCCAGUCCCCAGCCGUGCUUGCUGGGCUGAUAGAUGAACUCUACAUCAUGGAGCGGGCCUUCUGGGUGCAGCCAGGCCGCUCCGAGUGGUGGGAGAAGGUGGUCCUGCCCCAUUGGGAUGACCAUCUUUGGCAGGAGAACUUCAGGAUGAGUCGGCAGACUUUCAUGGAGCUGUGUGACAGACUGAGGCCGGUCCUUGAGCGUCAGACGACCAACAUGCGAGCUCCCAUUACUGUUGAGAAACAGCUAGCCAUAGCUAUAUGGAAGCUGGCCACCCCAGAUAGCUACCGCUCAGUAGCAGAGUGUUUUGGCGUUGGGCGCUCCACCGUCUCCAGGAUAGUCAUGGAAGUUUGCCAAGCCCUUUAUGAUGUCUAUCAUCAUGUGGUCCUUCUGACCAGGCCCCAGGAGGUGAUACAAGGCUUUGCAGCCAAAGGUUUUCCUCACUGCAUUGGGGUGAUUGAUGCAACCCACAUCCCUAUCAUUGCUCCUGCCCACCGAGCCAUGGAAUACAUCAACAGCAGAGGGUAUUACUCUAUGGUUCUGCAGGCCUUGGUGGAUCAUGAAGGCAAAUUCAUCGAUGUAUAUGCUGGGCGAUCUGGGAAAGUUCAUGAUGCCAGGAUCUUUCGCAGCUCCCCCAUCUUCCGGGCCAUGAAUCAAGGGACCUUUGGUCCUAGCACUACAAUGGACCUAGAGGGGGAGCAAGUAAAGCCGGUCAUCCUAGGAGACCUUGCAUAUCCUCUUCUGCCAUGGCUAAUGACUCCUUAUAGCGGUCAGUUGGACUCCCGAAAACAGCUCUUCAACAACAUGCUUGGCCGCUGCCGGACAGUGGCGGAGUACGCCUUUGAGCGGCUCAGGGGCCGCUGGCGGUGUCUGCUCUCCCGCCUUGAUGUGCGGGAACGCUAUGCCCCGCGGGUCAUUGUAGCCUGCUGCAUUUUGCACAACAUCUGUGAAAGCAAAGGGGAGCCCCUCCAGGAAGGGUGGGAAGAGAUGGUGCGGUCUGUCUCAAGAUCUUACCAGCAGCCAGAAAGACAACUUAUGUACAUGUCCAACCCACAUGCCCGGGAGAUCAGGGAUCUUUUUAGCACACACGUGGAAAGGAGAGAACAGGAGAAGUAGGUGGAAUUCGUUCUUACUCCUCCUCCCCCCCACCAAAAACCCCUUGGAACAGAAGUUGGGGAACCCUUCACUGCCUCUUUUCUGAAUAAGUUAUUACUAGGGUUAACAUGCAGCUGACCUCUUCUGAAAGCAGGUAGCUGAUUUAUCUUGCUCCUCCUUGGCUGAAGCAGGUGACCAAGGCUGUCUUCUGCCCACAGGUUUCCUGUUGCUUUCCUGCGAAUUGUGCUUCUACCUAGGAGUAGCAAUCCUCGUGCUGCGUCUUCCCUCUCUAGGGCUGCUGCCUUCACAGGCACUGACUGCCCAGGUCAGCACAAUGACCCUAAGACACAAUUUAUUAAUUAGUUGUGGUUUAUAGAAGGGACCACACUUGGCCAGAUUCGCCCAAUGCACCAAAACCAAAGAAACCAUAUUUUGGCUGAGUGCAACGUGUAAACCCAACGUCCUGCCAGGGUUGGUUUCAGAUUUGAAGGUGGGGAGCUCUGGAGAGGGCUGUUGAAAAACGUCGUUUUCCAUUUGUGGACUUAACUAGUAGUAGUACUCUGACCAGUGCUGGAAAUUGCCUUUUGCAUUUCCCACAGUGUCCCCACAGAGUGUCACUCUAUGGCGUUGUGGUAUAUUUAAAAUGGCAGCCCCCAUCACGUGAUGCAGAUCUGAGAAUGAAUGAAUGUCAGGUCUCUCUCUCUUCCCCCCCCUCCAGCCAACAUGUCUUGCAAGAACAGACCAGAGACUUUUAGUUUAGCCUUUGGUUCCCAAAAUGGUCAGCCAGGUUCCUACUGAAAGCUACUUCUAGCCUGAAGGAGCCAUCUAGUCAUUGUAGCAAGGAGCUAUUGCUAAUCCUAUGUCCAUGAAUGCAUUUAAAACCUACUUUAAAAUUGUCCAAGUUGGCCCCAUAUCAAUGGGGAAUGAAAUCCUUCUCUGUUACUCAAGAACACUGCAAAGGGCAGACACAGCUGUCUUAUUGUCAAGAAUCAGUGGUUGAGCAUAAGCACUAAAUUACUCACCUGCCUCUUGGAAAAUUUGCAUAUUUUUACUCAGAAGUCUUUAGGCAGGCUACUUUCUCUCUCUUAGCUUCAGCCUCAUCUGUGGUGUAGGGAUUAAUAACCUUGAUGGAUUUGACAGCCUUGUUGGGAUUACAAAAUAAUUCACAUUGUAAGAUUUGAAUACCCUAAAAUCACAGUAGCCCUCCUAAGUAUUAAGUAUCAGAAAUGGGAGGCAAACAGAGAAGAGGUAAUUGCAUAGUGGAGAUUGGGGUUCUCCCCAAAUGAAGGUACUUGGAGCUUCAUUUCCACCCUAUGUUUCCCUCCUUUAUACCUCUCUGAUUCUUCUAUCCAAACCAGGUGCUUGCUACAGGUAAUAUGAGGUACUUCACUAGAACUUCAGACACAAUCUAGUCCUAUUGUCCUGCUACUUGCUUAUUUUUAAAGUACAUUCAGUUCACUGAAUUGGCUGCACAGCGCACUCAUACAUAAAUGCAAUAUUCCAGUGAUGAGGUACCUUACAGAGUGGUUGCCAAAAUUAUAGACAUGGAUUAUGUGGAGUAUUCUGAGUGUGCCCUUCAGCUUUGCCUAAAGGCUUGGAGCUGUUGUUACAUUUGUUCAAGAGUAGACAUUUUCUUUGCUCCAAACUCCAGUCUUUUGAUCCUCCAAGCCAAGCCAUGGAGCUGUAUCUUUUGUCCCACUACCGAUGGGACACAGCAGAAAUCCCCUUGAGGUUAUUUAACUUGGGAUUUCUGAUCAAUAUUCCUUGAAAAUGGGUGGUAAAUGUUUGCAGCAGUGUUUCUCAACCUUGGCUGCUUUAACAUGUGUGGACUUCAAC